AUGUCACGGCCGAGGAAGUCGUUGAGGGUGGCCGAUGUUGGUGGUGUUGGUGAGAGGAACAUACUCAGCGUCGUCGUCGUCGUUGUUGUCGAACUGACGAUAGAACUCGAAGCGUCAGAUCCGGCAUGCCAGAUUACCGGCAACGAACCUGGAGUAGCAGCAGCGUCCACGGACAACUGUCAGGCGCUCACUGCUGCUGACAACGGAACAAUGAGGCAUCGAGGAGAAUCGAGGUCUCGCCUGACAUCUUCGACGCAUGCCAGCGUUACAGCGGAAUUGCAUGUUUUCAAUGUUGACUAUGUAAUUAAGAAGUCGAAAAUUGCAAGAGGUUUUUACGACCUUCAUCAUGGAGAAGAAACUUUGAGGAACGUACGAUCGAGCCGUCAGUGCACGUUGGCAAGGCAGAGAUUGGCCGGCCGGUGCCAAGGGAUGAUGAUGUGGAGCGGAAGAGGCGUUUCAGAGACUGAUCAACGCCGGUGUGUCAGCUGUUGUUUCGGCAGGGGCGAUGAGGAGGAGGAGGUGGCGGAAAUUUGA